AUGUUCAAAGGACCUGUCGUAUUUUUCUUUCUUCUACAUUGCGCUGUUGCAACUUGGAGCACGCUCUAUUCUUUCGAUAAUGGAAGGGUCUAUAUGCGAUUGAAAAAUGAUGAGCUCGUCGCCUUAAAUCUCACCUUCUAUGGUUCCAAUCUGAAUACUCAGAGCUUGAGCCAAAACACUCAAUUGGAGGUCCUUCCAUCAGCACCAAAGGACUCAUCAUUGUUUAUUCAUAACACUCAGUUGUAUGCUGUUGCUGCAAAUUCACUGUUAGCCUUUGAAUCGAAUGAAUGUUCCGAUGGGUCCUUCCAAUUGUACAAAUUGGACUCUACAAACAUGGUGUGGACUCCUGUUCUGCCACCAAGCUAUUCAGGAGUGGAUGAUACAUCCUUCUACCAAGACGCAAGUAUAUUCGUAGCACCAGAUUCUUCAAGCGUUUACAUCUACGGAGGCAGAUGCUCUUCUGGGUCGAUAACAAAUCGACUUGUGUCGCUCAACAUGGACACCAUGACGUUCUAUAAUGUGACAACUCCAACACGUCCGCAACCUUUUUAUGGCGCCGUAUCUUUAUGGGCACCUAACCCUCAGUCUCUGGUGAUAAUUGGAGGUAAAUCUUCGUUGGGCUGGCUCAACAUGUACCAAUUAGCAACCUGGAGCUUCCAAUCUGGAUGGCUGUUCCAAGAAGCUGGUCAAAAUGGUCAAAGCACUGUCGGCUCGCGCACUUCUCCCUUGGUUCUCCCUAUUUUUUCUAAAUCAACUGCCACAAACACUCAACUGUUCCUAGCAUCCUACUCGCCAAGUGCUGCUCUUGUCAUCGGUGGUGACAGUGAUACUCCGUUGCAAGCUGAGUGGGCUAAGAUCCUGUUCGGCAAUCAGAAAUGGGCAUGGUCAACUUUGCUGCCAUCCUUAGAUGUGCUGAACCUCAUGGGUGGCUUUGUCAUUUUUGAUACUUUUGUAGCAGUGAACAGCACUAGCAAAAGAGAUUCGCCUUACUCACUCAGCCUAUAUGAUAUGAGUGACAAUUUCCGUCUGAUUCCAGACUUGAAGAGCUCUCAGGCAAUGCAAACCAAAUCUACUGGUAGCGGGUCGAGCAAAACCGUAAAAAUUCUUAUCGGCGUGCUAGUUCCACUUGUUCUGAUUGCGAUAAUAGCAUCUGUUGCAAUGUAUUUCUGGAGACGGAAGGUAAACAGAAUUGAAAACGAGAGUAUUCUCGAGGCUCUGGAAUACCAAUUCGGACAUUUCAGAAAUGCACUGGACCAGCCAUAUUCGAUUUUGGGACACAGACCACUUGACCUCUAUGCGAAUAAUCACUCUGACAGUGCAUCGACGCUAGAUGACAAUUCCAUCGACCUGUGGGUACGUAAGAGACAAGAAUAUGAGGCCAGCCGAAGCCGCGCGCCUGUAAGACAUAGUUAUCUUGCAUCAAAUGAGACGCUCACCUCGCUUUCAGAGUACAGCACUGGUGAAGACUUGCACAAUGAAAAGACUCAUAGUGAACAUAGAAUAAGCCACGAGCACUCACACGAGAGCCCGCUUCUUCAAUCUCCAACAAGCCUGCCAGUUCACUUCCUGGAAUCUCAUAAAAGACCUCUGCACGAGAGCUCCCCACAUCCGGCAAGAUUGGCACAACUAAAAACACAUUCAUUCACUAUGACGCCGCCAGGACUGCCAAUGAUAAAGAAGAAAUCCAUGCUUGACCCAGGUACUAUACCGCUAGAGGAACCUACGGACUGCGAAUCGAUAGUUACGAAUAUGGAUGUUCAAGUGUUGGUCAGCUCUAAGAGGAAGUCCAUUCUUCGAGUCGUUAAUCCAGAUCAAGAGGAGUCCGAGACCAUUCGCCAACGGCAACCAUCGUAG